AUGGUUUCGCUGAGGAAGUUAUCUCUGAAUAUAUGCGUUGGUGAAUCUGGCGACCAAUUGACUCGUGCUUCGAAAAUUUUAGAAGAACUCACAGGGCAGAAGCCGUCUAUCGGUCGUGCGGAAAAAACAAUCCGUUCAUUUGGUAUUCAACGUAAUGAAGAAAUAAGUACAUUUUGCACAGUACGUGGCUCAUUAGCAAAUGAUUUACUCGAACGUGCUUUGAGAAUCAAAGAAUAUCGUCUACCUGCAAGAUGUUUUGCGGAACAGGGAACAUUUGCAUUUGGCAUUGACGAACAUAUUGAUUUAGAAGGAAUGAAAUACGAUCCGAAUGUUGGGAUAUUUGGAAUGAAUUUUGUAGUCGUUUGUGGUAAACCUGGAACUGAUAGUCGCGUUACAAAAGAAGAAGCGAUUUCAUGGUUUCAGACUACAUACGGAGGAAGCGUGACUAAUGCUGAGAGAUGA